AUGUCGUCUGCCGCUGUUGUCGAUGUCACGGUUACAGCCGCUAUUCCAGCUGCCGUGGUCUCACCGGCUAUGACUCUCGGUGAAAGGCUCUCGUUUGUCUCUCUAACUGUCGAUAAUAUCGAUAUUCUCAAGUCGCUUAAUACUGAAAUAUUUCCGGUUCCUUAUCCCGACGCUUACUAUGCUGCCGUUGUCAAGCCCGAGUUAGCUCGUUUCUGCAAAUUAAUUUAUCUGGAUGGAAACCCAGUAGGUCAGGCUACAUGUAGUCUGAAACCCUCGGAGCGGGAAGGGGAGGCACGUAUCUACGGAAUGCUUAUGGGCGUUCUACCCGUAUCCGUAUCGCUCUCUUGGGAUAGGUUCAUAUGCCGGGCAGCAUCUACUGGAUGCUAUCGCCGCGCACAACAGCUAUGUGAGGGCAUUGCAAACGGUCGGACCGAUUACCCCUCCCAUACUACCCGAAGGCCAGCCCGAAAUCCUCUUCGCGUACUCUCGACACUUCCGAUCACCUCGAUUUUUAUGCAUGUUCAUGUUCUGAAUACGGGAGCUCGUCGUUUGUAUGAGCGAUAUGGCUUUACGGAACGCAAGCGUCUCGAGAACUUUUAUCGUCGGAAGGGACCAGAAGACACGACCAUCAAGGACGCAUGGGUCUUUGAACGAGAUAUUGAUUCAACCUUGGAUACUCUAAGGAUCUGA